UCUCUCUCUCUGUGCGGAAGAAAUACACGCAUAUUGCACCGAAGAUGAGCAGCGUUUGCGCUGAGCAACACAAGCUUCAUCCCUCCCACCAACUUCACUCCUCCAACAAACCGCUCAAGAGCAUAGAAAUCCCACCGAGAAAGCUCCUCAGCCGCCGACUACCCAGCUGCCAAGAGAUGACGGACAUGUAUUACUCGCGAGCAGCCGCAGCCGCAGCCGCCGCCGCCGAAGAGACCCUCUUGCAGAAGUACUUGCCGUACAACAGCGGCGCCGACGACGACGAUCCCAAUGACGUUUCCGACCCUUACUCCUCCGACCACUUCCGCAUGUACGAGUUCAAGGUCCGCCACUGUACGCGCAGCCGCAGCCACGACUGGACCGACUGCCCUUUCGCCCACCCGGGAGAGAAGGCCCGCCGGCGCGACCCCCGGACUUUCCAUUACUCCGGCCAGGUUUGCCCGGAGUAUCGCCGCGGCGGGUGCAGCCGUGGCAAUAGCUGCGAGUUCGCUCACGGCGUGUUCGAGUGCUGGCUCCACCCAGCCAGGUACCGAACCGAGGCCUGCAAAGACGGGAAGAACUGCAAGCGCAAGGUGUGUUUCUUCGCUCACACGCCUCGCCAGCUUCGCGUUCUGCCUCCGAAUUCUCAGAAGUCUCCGCCGCAUGAGCUGGCAAGCAAGAAGAAAUUCCUGAGCUCGCCGAAUCACCAUUGCUGCUUGUUUUGUCAUUGCGCCACUACUUCUUCACCGACCUCGACACUUAUGGGAAUCUCCCAUUUCUCUCCGCCGCUUUCGCCGCCUCUUUCCCCCGUGAAACAGCGUUCCAUUAAUGGGUUUUCGCCGAUUUCAGUGAAUCAUGGGGUGCUGAGCUACAAAGACGUCCUGACCGAGCUGAUGAGCUCCUUCGAGGCCAUGAAUUUCAGUGAAGCCUCUUCGCCUUUGUCUGCCAAAAGCCCGAAUUUGCCUUGGCUUGAUGUUUCUUUCAACAAUGAAGACCAACAACAGUUUAUUCUUUCACCUUCGACACCGAAUCCUUCUGUGUCUGCAAAUUUUUUGAGUGGGGAUCGCUCGAGCAAAAGCUUCACUACUGUUGACAGCUCUGAUCCAGAUCUUGGGUGGGUCAAUGAGCUACUGAUGUAGAAGACCGAUCAACGGCGGUGAUGGAUUUCGAAGUGUAUAUAUAUAUAUUCCACCAGCCGUAUAUAUGGGGAUUAUAUAUAUGUGAUUUGGUGUAUAUUGUUAUGAUCAUUUGUCAUUUAUUUUCAAGCUUUUGAUUUUUCUUUUGAAAUUUGCUGCUUAUGUUUUGAGUGUGAAUCUACUUUGCUAGAUCUGAUCUUAUUUCCAUGUAUUAAUCAUAUUGAACUACUACGAAAUGAA